CCCGCCCCCGCUGCCCUCGCGGCCACGCGGGCGUCACCCGCGGGCCGUAACGUCCCGGCCCGACUGAGCUGCCCCGACGCCCCGGAAGGAGGGACCCGGAGGAGGGCAGCCUCGCCUUUCAGCCCUGUCCAGUGUUAGGCUCCCGAACCGUCGUGGAGGAGACAGAAACGGAGAGGUGGAAACAGAGCCCAGGGGAGGGAGGAACUCCACGCGACUUUCCUCCUCUGCAAACAGCCCGAAGAUGAAAUCGGCGUCGCGUAGCUGGUGAAGGAGGCAGUAAGAGGAUUCUUCAUGAGAAAAUGCUGCAACUGAAAGCUGGAAUACAGCAGCCCCUAGAGAAGGGACCUGCUGAGAGGAGAGUGGGUGAGCAGCAGACUCAGCCAGAGGAGACAGGGUCCUCCGCUGUGUCCCACAGCAGGAAGGUAGCAAGAUUUGAGGAGACGCAGGAAAGAACACUCAGGAGACAGGAGGAGGAUCUCACAAGAUGUUGUCUACUAGCUGAAAAAUGGAAAUGCCAUUCCUUGAUCCAGGAUCAGGCUCGAGAGUUGACCCACCUGCGGCAGAAGAUGAGAGUGGGGAGAACUUUCUCUUCCCUUCUCAUUCAGCAUGUCAGGAACACAGUGAAAACCUUUGAGGAGCUCCUUAGCAGCAAUAAAAUUGACCACUGCAUGGAGCAGCGCUUCUGUGAGCAGCUGGCCAAGGGGAGCCAGCUGGCAGAGAGCCUUGCCAGCAAAUUCAGCACAGAUGACUGCAUAAGUGAGAAGAAUCAAACAGGACACAUGCUGCGGACCCUCAGUAUCUUAAGGGAGAUGCAUACAAAGGGUAAAGUGCCAGAAGCUCUAAAGACCAAACAGCAGGCCCAGCCCCAGACUCUGCCCCAGAUCCAGUCCAGCAGCCAUGCCCAGUCUGCUGCCCAUCACUCCUCCAGCAGCACCUCCCUGCUUCAUGAAGAGCAAGAAGUACACCCUGCAGUGGCUGUGGCCAAUCCCAUCCAUCAUUCUAAUAAUUCAGCUGUAAUGUCCUCUGAACCCUCAGUAUCUGGGACGUGUCUCAGGUUCAGGCUGAACCCAUCGCCAACUUGCCUGUCCCCAGAAUUCCCCAAGGAGGGCACUUGGGUAGCCUCGGUGCGGAGGAGGAGCAGCAUACAUUUAAAAUCAAACCUUCAUUUUCUCCUGCUCAGCUUUCUCUUUAAUUUUCCUCCUGAGAAAAGCAUUUCUGUUUUUAGGGAACUGUAUCAAUCAAAUUCUGGUGUAAAUAAUACUGAGAAACCAACCUUAGUCUGAUUUUUUUUUCCUGAAUUGACUGUUUUAAGCAAUGAAUGAGCCAUAUUGGGAUUUGACCUGAUACUAUUCCUGUUUCUCAUUUUACCCUGAGGAUCAGAGCAGCAUAAUGUUUCCCCCGGGAUUAUAGCAACCAAGGAAAGAAAGGAAAUUCACAUUUAUUGAACAUCUGGUAUGCUCACAUUACUAACUACGCAUCUUGCCUUUAAUUUAAUCAGCAUAACCAUCUCCUCAAGUAGUUGGUGGUGUCCCAGUUUUACAAGGCUGAGGACACUGAGGCUCAGUGAAGUCAGGACACUUACUGAAAAGUGGCCAGCUUGGGAUGGCAUUCACUGUGAGCCUGACUCAACAGCUCAGACCGUCCACUGCACGGCAGCCUGAGCAGUCAGGGACCAAGCAGGGAGGGCGUCACCUCUUCACACAUAUCUUUUGCUGGGUUUCUGGAGCCGGUGUUUUCCCCACUCCACUCUUUCUGACAAUGGUGUAGCCUCUGCAGAUGAGACAAGUCCCUAUGGACAUUGCACUUUUGUCCACGGAUUUAUGAAUGAAUGAGCUGUCCUUGAUGUGUAUGUGACAUCUUCCAAGGGGCCCAGGGGAGUUUUACCUACAUCCUUGAAUUCAGUUGCCCAGAGUCACUUGACCCAAACUCAGGGCCACCCUGGGAGAUAGCAGAAGGGCAAACACACCUUCCCCCUCACCAACAAUUCCCGCCACAACUGGUAGGGAAGGCCACAUCUCAAGUGGCCUCAUCGCAUUGCAUCACCCCUAUUUUCUGCCACGUUCUUCUUCUCUGAGGGAGAUUGAAACCCUUCUUUGUUCCAUCUGGAGUCAUUAUCCUCUCAGAGGGGCAUUGGCUUAUCACUGCUCCUCCUCUGUUUUUUGGACCAAACUUUGUAGAACAGUUAACAAGCAGUGUGACUGGUGGGGCAGCUUCCCGGUGAGGUGAAACCCUUCUCACGAGAGGCUGCUCCCUGUUGCUUUCUGCGUACAGCAUAGGGCAUGUUUUCUGUGCAUGUGGCGAGGGGAGACUGGGACGUGAAAUGCUGAUCACUGUCACCGAUGGACCUGGGACUCCUAUGGCCGUGGCUGAGUGUCAGCUGGUUUUCUAGGGAGG